GGUGGUAUAUCUAGAUCGACUUUUCAUAUAAAUUCGUUAUAUUCACUUUAACUUUGAAGCAGAAUUUAGCCGCGCAAUGGUGUUCCGCACCCUUCCUGUGUCUUUGCAACGAAAGGCGAUCGAAGAACUGAACGAAGAUCCACCUAUGAUUGACGAAUGUUUGUUGUGUAUUCGGGAAUGGAUCGAAAAGCAACCACAUUUAAAGGUCAAAUCAGAUGAUGAGUUAUUACUAGUUUUUCUUCGAGGAUGCAAAUGGAGCCUGGAACGUGUAAAAGAAAAACUUGAUCACUUCUAUACGGUACGCACUUUAAUUCCUGAGUUUUUCUCAGACAGAGACCCCUUAAGUGAAGAUAUACAAACGUUUCUUAAUAGAGGAGUUAUGUUGCCGUUACUAAAUACAAACGGUUCUGAUGGACCAAGAAUUUGUUAUUUUAAUUACGAAUGCGUUGAUUUGAAUUUGCCAACAAUCAUUAUACCAAAAUACUUUUUUAUGGUACUUGACGCGCUGCUGGAAGAAGAUGAUCAUCUAAUAGUUUCUGGAAUAGAAAUUAUAAUAAAUAUGAAAGGAUUGCCUGCUAGCUAUUUAAUGCGGUUCACCCCAACAGUGAUUAUGCAGUCUAUCCAUUGCCUUCAGAGUGCAUAUCCACUCCGAGUUAAAAGAAUAGUGUUGAUAAAUGCAAUGCCGGCUAUUGAGAAAGUUUUCUCCGCCAUCUUUAUGCCAUUCUUCGGGAAGAAAAUUAGAGACAGGAUACACGUGCUGUCCACAAAAAAUAUCGAAGAGGCCUAUAAGUAUAUACCCAAGUCUUCCUUUCCCGAAGAAUUGGGCGGGGCAAACGGAUCUUGUGUCAAAUUGACAGAAAAAUGGAAAAACAAGAUUGAAAACAAAAGACAAUAUUUUUUAGAAGAAGAAAUGUACAGGAACAACGAACUGAUCAGGCAAGGCGAACCGAAGACAACCAGUGAGGUGUUCGGUGUAGUAGGAUCGUUUAGAAAGCUUAGUGUAGACUAAUGAGCAAAUAUUUUGCUCACAAAAUCCACAAUGUUUUUGCAAGCUAGCAGUCCACGA